AUGACGUUGCUCGAGUCGAGCUCUGAGGAUCAGAUCAUGCUCGGAGUGGGCGUCCCGCUCUCGCACGGACGGGGCGCGGUGGGUUCCAUCAAACUGGAUGUGCCGAUGCUUGGCCCACGGGUCUCAGCGCUCACGCUCGGACACGCUCCGGAACUUGGCUCGCGACUCGGUGUCGCAGUUGGCGGCGGCAAUGUGGUCUGGGUAUCGGGCUCGGGUCUGUCACCAGCCGCCCUGGCGGGCAUCAGCUUGCACUUUGUCGAGUGGCAAGUGGGCGGAGGCGUCGUCGACGGUGGAUGGAGCGCCACAUGCAGUGUCAUGGCUGGAUCGCACUCGGGCACGACGGCCUUUAGCUGCCUCACAGCCCACGAUCCGACCAGUGCACGGAUGCCAUCGCUGACGACCGGCACAAGCGCGGCGUGUCUGGCAACCGCACGUGGCGGCGGCGCACCAGAGCUGGUGAUACCGCGAGUAUGCCUGCGGUUUGCGCUGCCAGGCGCAGUGGCGAAUACGCCGCGAGUGUUCAACGCGCGCGAAGAUGCUAGCAAUGCGUUUGGGGCGGGCGUGGGCGCGACAUUGGCGAUGGGCCAGUCGAUAGUGGGCCACUUUGACCACGAUGGCGACGGUGCGUCGGACAUGCUGUUUUCGAUCGGCAACUGGGCUCCUCAUCACAUGGCACUGCUGCUGACCGAUCCAGCGUCACGAGCCGGAGGUAGCACGCUCGGCUUUAGCAAGUACGUAGAACUCAAGAACGGAGUUAAUGGUGUCCCGCCCGGAACCAUUGACGCAAGCCAUCACGUGGCGCAUGCCGCUGGCUGGGUUGGCGACGUGGACGGCGACGGUAGCAGUGACUACGCGCUGGGCUCCAAGGCGGCGACGGUGCUUCAUAGCCACAGCUCGCGCAACGGGUCUGUGGCGUCUAUCUCUCAGUUUGCGGUUGACUUUGAGUGUCUUGGCGGCGUGGUGCUGAUGAAGCGCGCGUUUGAGGGGAUCGGCGCAGUUGUGGCAUGUAGCUCGUUCCACGUGCCUGCGCUCGGCGUGAGAGUUUAUCGGCUGGAGUACGAGCCACAGUCGGCCAACCUGACGGGUGUGCUGCUGGCAAACCACACAACGGUGGUAACACCGGCCUACUUUGGGCGGUCACUGACCGGCAUCGGCGAGACGGGCGAGCCCGGAUGGUAUGAGGUGAUGGUGGGUGGCCGCGGCGACGAGGUGGUCUUUGGCAGCCUCUCGACAGCAACUGGAGAGCUGAGCAGCCGUGGAUGGACGACGAUCUCGUACAGCAACGACCUCGAACCGCUGCUUCCCGCUUCGCAGCACGGGCUAUGGAGCGUAGGCUUUGGUUCUUCCGGUGCGUGUGUCGGCGAUCUGGACGGAAACGGAGUGGUCGAUGUUGUCAUCGGCGACGAAACGGCCGUGGGCCCAGGUUAUGGCGCGGUGUUUGUGGUGCUGCGCGGGCGCGCGCGUCCGGUGGUCGGGGUGCGGGCAGUGGGUGUGACCCGUCACGGCCAGACGGGCGGCGCGCUUGAUGUUCCGGGCUCUAGCUGGCUGCUGUACGGGACCGGGAUGGGCUUUCUGGGCCACAGCUGGGGCGCCGGGACACACACGGUGGAACUCGGGGUUUCUGCGCGCGAGGAUCGACCGCUAGCACGGUUUGGCAACCUGGCGCCGUCUGGCUCGAUUGUGCGGGCCGACGGUGAUGCGAAUUCACCCCCGCUUGUGGCCAUGGAUUCCGGUGUCGUGCUGCAGGUGGAGGGCAUCCACUUAGACCGGACGGCCGGCGGUGUGUUUGCGCUAGUCGACAGUGCGGGAGUUGCUGCACCGGGCGAGUGCCGUGUUGUGGGCAGCCCGAUUUCGACCGACCGGGCUGCGUGCAGCCUGACUGGCGCAGUCGAGGGUCGUUUCCGGCUUGUGGGCAGCGGAGCUUAUGCCAGCCAGUCGACACCGAGCGCGUGGGUUGCGAUCUACCAGCCUGACACAUCGCUGCAGGUGACGGGCGUUGCUCCGGCGAAAGUUUUGCCGGGAGACACGUUGACGGUAAGUGGCAUGUCGCUUGGUUCAGGGUUUGUGACGCGUGUGUGGAUUGGCAGCGUGGCUUGCCAAGUGGCAGCCGGGUCGAGCGCAACCGAGCUCGUUUGCGUGGUCGGAGAGCUGCCGCCCGUAGCAGUGGCGCGCAACGAGUCGUACGUCGGGACAGUGUCGCUCGAGGUGUCACGUGUGGCUACCGGGCAGGUGGAGCGGGUUGAAGGCGGCAACGUGACGGUGAUCAACGUGUGGGCGAGGAGCAUUAGCGCGCCGCCGCCAGCAUCGCCCAAGACCACCGCUGUCAACGACAACGUGUUGCCUGCGUCUGGAGCGGCGUCGACAGGCGCGAUGGCGAUGUACUUGCUGGUCGCGAUUGUCGUUUGGAUGCUGAUGUUUGGAGUCCGGCAGCGGCGGAAGAACGUGGCCAAGUACCGGCGCGAGCCGGAGAAGUGGCUUGGGCUGGGGUUAGACCAGUACGUGGUUCGGAACCACAUGGUGUUUGGCAUUGUAGCGAGCUGCAAGCAUGAUGUGUUUGGUCGGAUGGCGCGGGCAAUCGAUCUCUCGGUCCACCUUGCGCUGAUGUUCUUUGUCACCGCGUGUCUGCAGAUACUCAAGCCCGAGUCGUUUGCGUCCGACACUGAAGUGGUGUCGCUGGAGCGGCUACUGGACAUGGUGUUUAUCAAUGUGGUGACGCUUCUGAUGUCUGUGGUGCUGGGUGUGCCGAUGGUUCGAUGGGCGCUGAAGCGCGGGCAGAUUGCGAUUGCGGUGGUGCUCAACGCAGGACUGGUCGCACUAGGCGCCGUUGUGGUCACCCUCCCGCUAUAUGUGCCUGGAUUUGAGGUCAAUCUUGGCGCGCUAGCCUUUGUGCUCGGCCUCGGACUGGCGGUGUCGUGGCUGGUGAUGGACCCGCUGAAGGUGACGGCGCUGUACGUCGUCCUAGGCUACCGGGCAAUCGAAGUGCGCCAGGGUGGCAACGGCGGCUCAACAGCGGUGGCGGCGGUGGCACCGGGCGAUUAUGCCGGCGCAGGCAAGACGCUGCCGACCAAGUCGGAGUCGUCGGAUGCUGCGGCUCCAUCGGAUGCCGAAUCUCGAAGCGGUGGCGACGUCGAUGUUGACCUCGAGGAAGGCACUGCAGACCGAUCGGAGCAGAAGUCGCGGUCGGGAUCUGGCUCUGGGUUCGAGCUCGAGUCGAGCAGUCUCGCCGAGCUGAAGCAGCGGCCGCGGCGCGGGUCCGCGGUGCCGAGACUUGAGGGCCGGCGCCGGCGUGGACCGGGAUAA